AUGCCAUACUCACCAAAGAUAGUAUACAAAGCGGGUACGACAAUUCCCAUUCCUGAUGCACUCAGCAGAGACUGUGUAAAUAACGAGCCAGAUUCCAAGGAUGACGAGGAACUAAUCGUUCAUCUACUGUUACCAAUGUCAACAAAUGCACAAACGGAACUACAGAAAGCAGUAAAAGAAGAUGACGAGUUACAAAUGCUCAAGAAUACCAUCGAAUACGGUUGGCCAGUUGAAGUGAAAGACGUAACAGCACAGUUACAAAAAUACUGGAACUACCGUGACGAAUUGUCACUAUACGAUGGAAUAAUAGUUAAAGGUGAUCGACCAUUGAUACCAGCAACACUGAGAUCCAAAUACUUGAAGAUAAUACACCAAGGACAUUUAGGAAUACAAAGCAAUCUACACAGAGCAAGAGAAGCGAUAUUCUGGCCACAAAUGACACAAGAUAUAACGGACUAUGCGAAUAAAUGCGUCAUCUGUCAGACAUAUCAACGUGCAAACAUCAAGGAACCGAUACAGCUCCAUCCGAUUCCCAAUGAAGCCUGGAAUACGGUAGCAACGGACCUAUUUGAAAUAAAAGGAGAUAUGUAUAUUCUUAUAGUAGACAGCUACUCCGGAUUCUACGAUGUAGUCAAACUAAGGACAACAACGAGUGAGUCUAUUAUGAAAAUCCUUAAACAUUGGUUUUCAUUAUUCGGAAUUCCGAAGAAAUUAAUAUCAGAUAACGGACCGCAAUUCGCGUCAAGCGAAUUUAAGAAGUUUGCAAGGCAAUGGAACUUCGAACACGUAACAUCGAGUCCAGGAUAUCCACAAUCCAACGGAUUAGCCGAGAGACCAGGAUUACAAUCACCAGCAGUGAGACUGUUUGGUAAGCCGACCAGGACGACACUUCCAACAGCAAAUACGGAGAAGAAAACUGAUACAAACAAAGCCCUCGAAGAAGCUCGUCAGAAACAGAAGAAAUAUGCAGAUCGAACUAGGCCUGGGAAACUAGAAGUCACACCAGGUGAAAAUGUUCGAAUACGAACCGGACAUCGACAAUGGAAAGGAGGCACGGUGGUCACACAUCAUGAAGCGCCACGAUCAGUAAUCGUCAAAACCUCAGAAGGAACUGUACUUCGACGUAACUACUCAGACGUGCACAGAACAGCAGCGAACAUGGGAGAAAAUAAACAGCCGUCGACAGCCAUUCCAAUAGGACUCGAAGGACCUACCAAUAUCGAUGACCAACAACCAGAGACAAAGGAUACCGAGGCAACUGCAGGGGCUGGCGAGAACACCAAAGUUCCCACUACCACGACCCGAUCCGGACGAGCAGUUCGACCACCAACAAGAUUAAAUUUAUAA